AUCCAUUUCCUCUGAUUUCCUUACACCACCAACACAAUAUUCUGGUCAGAACAGACGAUUAGCAGGCACCUCCAUUGCUUUCUCGUCCUAGUAUGGCGCAGAAAUCUUCACACACUCCCGUAGGGGAGACUGCCACACACGUUGUCCCCUAUCCCGCAGCAAAGCUCCCAUCAGAGGGCGGAAGUGGCCAUGAUGCCCACCAGCUAGAGGAAGGCCAUGUUCCUAUGCCUGAAGAGAUCCAAUACGACACCGCCAGGGUCGAGAAGAUCUACCGCAAGCUCGACUUUCGAAUCAUCCCCGCCUUCUGGGUCCUUUACUUCCUCUGCUCCGCCAUCCGUUCCAACAUCGGCAUCGCCCAGACCAUGAAUAAAAACGUCCACCACGACCUCGUCUCCGUCCUCGGCCUGACCCCGAGAGACCUGUCCACGGCCCUCGCCCUCUUCUACGUCGCCUACGUCCUCUUCGAUCUGCCCUCAAACCUGAUCAUGAGCCGACUUUCUCCCCGCGCCUGGAUGGCUAGAAUCGUCUUCGCCGUGGGCAUCAUCGGUUGUUGCUUCACGGCCGUCAAAGCCCCCUGGAGCGUCAAAUUCCUCCGCUUCCUGCUCGGCUUCGUAAUUGCCGGCAUGUGGCCUGGCAUGUCCUACUACCUGACGCUCUUCUACCCGCCCAGCCGUACCGGCAAGAGAAUCGGCAUGUACUUCACCGCGGCGCAGUUGUCCGCGGCCGUGGUCGGCCUGGUGUCGGCCGGGUUCCAGGAGAUGGAUGGCCUAAGGGGAUUGACAGGCUUUCAGUGGAUGUUCCUCGUCUAUGGGCUGCUGGGCAUCAUGUUGGGCAUUGCUCUGCUUUUCUGGUUGCCGGACCGGCCUUUGGCUCCGGGCGAGAAGAGGGUCAGACACAAGUAUUUGAGGUGGUUGCCGACGAGCCCCGAGGCGUUGACGGGCGAGGACGCCUUGAUUCAUUACCAGGAUCUCAAGAGGGUGUAUCACUCCAGACCUUGGAACAUGAAGGAUCUGUGGUAUGUCUUGAUUGACUGGCGUAUGUGGCCCUUGGUGCUCAUGUACUUUGGAGUCGUGGGUGUUGGUAUUGGCACGCAGUUGUAUGGGAGCGUCAUCAUUGCUUCCAUCAACCCGAACUUCAGCGGCAUCACGGUUAGCUUGUUGUUUGCGCCUAUUUGGAUGAUGGACUUCCUCGCUAUCCUCAUCUCUACCCCACUCGCCGAUCGCUUCCACAAAUACCGCUGGGUCUUCUUCUGUGCCGGUUGUGUCAUCCAAAUCGUUGGCCUCAUCAUUGUUACCUUUGCCCUCUCCAAUGACUGGGCCCGUUACGGUGGCCUGCUCAUCAUCGGCUUUGGUCUCGGUCCGACCGUGCCCAACUGCAUGGCCUGGACGAACGAGAUCUUUCAGAAGCGACAUGGCGAGGUUGGUGUGGCCGCUGCCUCAGCUCUGGUCUCCGGGCUUGGAAACUUGGGUUCCAUCACUACCACGUACGCACUGUAUACCGGAUGGCCUGAAGAUGCGAAAAAGGGACCUCAUCAGUACCGCAAGAGCAACUACACCAUGAUUGGCAUUCUUGCUGUAAGCAUUGCAAGCACUAUUCUCCUGGCGGUUCUGCUCAGAAUCUUUGGCACUGAGCCCAGCCGAAGGUUUGUGGCAAACAGUGGCAGCUCUGAUGGAGAAGAAAUCAUCGACGGUGCUGCGUUGCGCGAGAGGCAGAUGCGUGGAUUUGGUGGGGUGCUGGGGAGAAAGAAGAACUAAUCUCUUCCACUGAAGAGAAUGAGGAGUUGAGCUUGCGGUCUCGUCAAACCAUCACCGCCGAACUCUCCACGGAAGCACAAAGGGUGAAGCUUUGUUGCUGCCACACACAACCACCAGAAAAGGGCUAC